AUGGCUAGCUCUUCGAGCGACAUGUCAAACAACCCUCAUCCACACGCUUUGCGUGUCUAUCUUCUUGCAAUUGUCACCUCAAUGGGUGCAUUCAUGUUUGGUUAUGACCUGGCGUUUAUCGGAACGUCAAUUGGUCUUACAUCUUUCAAGAGGGAUUUUGGCCUAAUCGGCACAACCCAAUCCGUCCAGGAUGCAUUUUCAGCCAAUAUUGUCUCACUGCUUCAGGCUGGAUGCUUCUUUGGUGCCCUGGCUGCUGCACCACUUGGAGAUAAGCUCGGCCGGCGAAUCGCGUUAGCACUUGGUGCGAUAUCCUUCACUGUCGGCUCAAUAAUGCAAGUCGCUUCGGCGGGCAGCAAGCCCAUAAUGUUUGUUGGCAGAGUAAUUGGUGGAAUGGGGGUCGGCUCUGCCAGUAUGUUAGUUCCACUAUACACCGCUGAAUGUGCACCACCAAAGAUUCGAGGUCGACUAGUCGGCAUCUAUGAGAUUGGCGUGCAGAUCGGUACUUGCAUGGGUUUCUGGAUCAAUUUCGGUGUUGAACAACAUAUGGCGCCAACAUCGGCGCAAUGGAUGACCCCGUUUGCUUUACAAAUCGUUCCUGGUGGUCUCCUUUUGAUCGGCCUCUGGUUUAUGCCAGAGUCCCCUCGAUGGAUGGCCAAAGCUCAUGGCAGAUCCCGGGUGACUGAGGUCCUGUCGCUCCUACGAAACCUGCCAGGCGAUCAUCCCGAUGUACAACAUGAAGUUGAUGAUAUCUUGCAGCAACUCGAGCUUGAACGAGCAAUGAGCCCGGAUGGGACUUUGUCAUCUGUGAAAGAGCUCAUGCAACCGGGUAUCCGCUACCGCGUGUUCCUGGGAGUGGUGAUCAUGAUAUUCUUCCAGAUGGCCGGGUCGAAUGCCAUAAACUAUUAUUCGCCUCGUAUAUUCGGAUCGAUUGGACUCACUGGAACCAAGACAACAUUAGUAUCCACGGGAAUCUAUGGCAUCGUCAGGUUGGUUGCAGUAUUUUUCGCUAUGUAUUUUGUGGUCGAUCGCUUGGGCCGAAAGCCAAUGUUGAUUGCCGGCAGCAUCGUCAUGGCAAUUUCAAUGUGGCUUAUUGGCGCUUUUGUCAAGAUUCAAAGCGCAGAGGUCAAAACCGGAGAAUCGAUAAGCGGCACGUCUUAUGCGGCAGCUGUGUUUAUAUACUUGUUCGCAGUGUCGUUUUGCUUCAGCUGGGCCGGUGUGCCUUGGAUCAUCUGCUCCGAGAUAUACCCCUUACAGGUCCGCGGACUUGCCGUCAGUAUUUGUGUCGCAACGCACUGGUUGUUCAACUUCGUUCUCGCAAGAAGCGUGCCCUAUAUGAUCUCGAACAUCACCUUUGGGACAUACUUUGUAUUUGCUGCCUGCACCACACUAUCUGUACCCUUUGUCUGGCUGAUGAUUCCAGAGACUAAGGGCUUGUCUUUGGAAGAAGUUGAUCUCUUGUUUGAAGAUCGUAUUUUCAGUCUUCGACCGCGAAGCUCGUCCUUUGGACACGGGGUAUCUGACCAUAAAGCAGCAGUUGAGCAGGUUGAAACCGUCUAG